CGCCCGCCGGCCCUGGCCCGGUCUCGCCUCGCCCCGGGUUCGCCGCGCCACCACCGCCAGCAGCCGCAGCAGCGGAGGCAGCGGCGCGCCCCGCCACCAUGAAGGUGACCGUGGACUUCGAGGAGUGCCUGAAGGACUCGCCGCGCUUCAGGGCAACUUUAGAAGAGGUAGAAGGAGAUGUGACAGAGCUGGAACUGAAACUUGACAAGCUGGUGAAGCUUUGUAUUGCAAUGAUUGACACUGGGAAAGCAUUUUGUACAGCCAACAAGCAGUUCAUGAAUGGAAUUCGAGACCUUGCACAAUAUUCCUGUAAAGAUAACUUGGUUGAGACCAAUUUGAUGAAGUUCUCUGACACCUUACAGGAAAUGAUCAAUUAUCAUAAUAUUCUGUUUGACCAGAUCCAAAGAUCAAUUAAAACACAGCUUCAGACUUUCGUUAAAGAAGAUAUUAGGAAAUUUAAAGAUGCAAAGAAACAAUUUGAAAAAGUGAGUGAAGAAAAGGAGAAUGCUCUGGUGAAAAAUGCCCAAGUUCAAAGGAAUAAGCAGCACGAGGUAGAGGAAGCCACCAAUAUUUUGACUGCAACUCGGAAAUGUUUUCGACACAUAGCUCUGGAUUAUGUUCUUCAGAUCAAUGUUCUUCAAUCUAAAAGGAGAGCAGAAAUUUUAAAAUCGAUGUUAUCGUUUAUGUAUGCACAUCUGGCUUUUUUCCAUCAAGGCUAUGAUCUGUUUAGUGAACUUGAGCCCUACAUGAAAGAGCUUGGUGCACAGCUGGAUCAGUUGGCUGUAGAUGCUGCGAAGGAGAAGAGAGAUAUGGAGCAAAAGCACUCCACUAUUCAACAAAAGGAUUAUUCCAGUGAUGACACUAAACUAGAAUACAAUGUAGAUGCAGCCAAUGGCAUUGUUAUGGAAGGUUAUUUAUUCAAGAGAGCCAGCAAUGCCUUCAAGACUUGGAACAGGAAAAAGCCAGAUCACAUCAGGCGCUGGUUCUCAAUACAAAAUAACCAACUUGUGUACCAGAAGAAAUUUAAGGAUAAUCCCACGGUGGUUGUUGAGGACUUGCGGCUCUGCACAGUUAAACACUGUGAAGACAUAGAGAGACGAUUCUGUUUUGAGGUGGUUUCUCCAACAAAGAGCUGCAUGCUGCAGGCUGACUCGGAAAAGCUGCGGCAGGCGUGGAUUAAGGCUGUUCAGACCAGUAUUGCCACAGCAUACAGAGAAAAAGGGGAUGAAUCUGAGAAACAGGAAAAGAAAUCAUCCCCUUCUACUGGGAGCCUAGAAUCUGGGAGUGAGACCAAAGAGAAGCUGCUGAAAGGAGAGAGUGCUCUGCAGAGAGUGCAGUGCAUUGCUGGCAAUGCUGCCUGCUGUGACUGUGGUUUGGCAGAUCCUCGCUGGGCCAGUAUCAACCUGGGAAUCACACUGUGCAUCGAGUGCUCUGGGAUACACAGGAGCUUGGGAGUCCACUUUUCAAAAGUAAGAUCUUUAACGUUGGAUUCAUGGGAACCUGAACUCCUAAAGCUUAUGUGUGAAUUGGGAAAUGAUGUUAUAAAUAGAAUAUAUGAAGCGAAGUUGGAAAAAAUGGGAGUAAAGAAGCCACAAUCUGGAAGUCAAAGGCAGGAGAAGGAGGCAUACAUCAGAGCAAAAUAUGUGGAAAGAAAGUUUGUAGAGAAGCAAGCUGCAUCAGUACCUCUGCCUGAGCCUGGAACAAAAGUUUUGCCUCCAAGUCAGGAAGAGAAAAGGCACAGUGGCCCUGAAAAAUCCCUUUUGGCAGGGGAACAAGGUGCAGCAUCCCACAAAGUGCGAAGCAGUGACAGUGGGAUCCAGCCGAGCACUGAUGACAGCAGAGAACACCUUGCCUCUACCAUAUCAGCCAACAGUCUGUAUGAACCAGAAGGAGACAAGCAAGAGUCUCCAGUGUUCUGUGACUCCAAGCAGCCUAGUCCAGGAUUGCAGUUGUAUCAAGCUGCCUUUGAGAAAAAUCUUCCUCACAUGGCAGAAGCAUUGGCUCAUGGAGCUGAAGUAAACUGGGUCAACGUGGAAGAAAACAAAGCAACACCACUCAUUCAGGCAGUGCGAGGGGGUUCAUUGGUUACUUGUGAAUUUUUGCUGCAGAAUGGGGCCAACGUGAACAUCCGAGACAUGAAAGGAAGGGGGCCCCUGCACCAUGCCACAGUUCUAGGACACACUGGACAAGUGUGCUUGUUCUUAAAACGAGGAGCAAACCAGCAUGCCACUGAUGAAGAUGGGAAAGAUCCGUUGAGUAUAGCAGUGGAAGCUGCAAAUGCAGAUAUUGUAACACUGUUGCGUUUAGCAAGGAUGAACGAAGAAAUGCGUGAAUCAGAAGGACUCUAUGGGCAGCCAGGAGAUGAAAUUUAUCAGGACAUUUUUCGUGAUUUUUCUCAAAUGGCAUCAAAUAAUCCAGAGAAGUUAAACCGCUUCCAGCAGUCAGAUUCCCAGAAGUCUUAAGUGUCAAGAAGGAAAAGAACCUGAAGCUUAUAGUGCAAGUCUUUUUUUACUUUAACAGAAUGAAUUGUAUGCAUUUUGUUAGAUAGUUUGGAUAAAAUGACCACUCCAAUGUAGCUUUAGAUUGUGGUAGCUGGGGAAGUGUAUGAGUUGGUUUAUGUUCUCCAGUGCAUAUACCUCAGCAGCUGAAGAUGUUCCAAGCCCCUGAGUCCCUGCUGGCUGAGUGUAAAGCAGCCCCUGUCCAUGGGCAGCCCUGCAGCUCGGGGGUGGCAGAGCUGCAGGGAGCUCACAGCAGCUCUGCUGCCCAGGGCCAUCGCUGGCACCGUCCCCUGUCGCCAUAAACAAUGUGCCUCUGACAGAAGGUCUGGGUUGCAUUUUCUGGGACUGUUUGGAAGGGAAUUUGGGCAAUGAUUUCCUGAGUUGUCCUUCCAUUUGUGGGACUGCAGCUCAGCAGAUUCUCUUGUUGCUGUGGUGACUCUGGUUAGAGGUGGGCUGUUCUUCACAGAUGUGACAGCUCCUGCUCUUCUGCAAGCUCUUUCCCUGUGGAAGCUCUAGCACCAGGCUGGCCUUUAUGCUGGUGACUGCAGGUCAGUCACAAAGGGAUAUAUCCUGGGGACCAAAUUCCUAAGAGCAGUCCAUUUUCCUUUUUUUUCUUUUCCUCUUAAAUUAAACUUUCAGUGCAGCAAGUAUCCUUCUAAAUGAGCAUGUGGAACCUUUCAUGAAAAAUAAACUUACUCCUUUUG